AGGCUGAGGAGGAGCGGGUCCGUCACAGCUAGACUGACCGUGCAGCGGAUCACUUCAUUUCUUCAUCGUCCGUCGAAACGCCGCAUCAUGUACAGGUUCUUGGACUUCUGAUUGGACCUGCUUUUUUAGACCAGAACAUCUCUCCACACACCGAGGCGCAGCAUCAUUUUCAUCUAACCGUUCUCCAUGAGAUUCUUCAGGCUUACCUUCAAGUGCUUCGUCGACUGCUUUUGAAUCCUCCUUUGUCACGGCUCAACUGACCGCGGUGCGCUUUUUGUGACACAUUUUCUCUCCAUCUCUUGGCUGAGCUGAGGGGGUUUCCAAUAAUAGUGAUAAUCUCAAAAAAAACUUGCGAUAUUAUUAAUAUCAAGAAGGUCGAAAUAACAAACUCAGAAAAUCCCUCCCCCCAAAAAAAAGAGACAACUGGAGGGAGCACUGCAAGGCUGCCUUCAUCUCUGUGAGCCUCUGUGAGCCUUCUUGUCAGCCAGGCACAUUAAGCAAAACUUCAGGCUUAAAACCAUCAAAAAAUCUGAUUUAUUGGUGUGCUGCCACUCAACAACAUGUCACCAGAGUUGGAGGAGAACAGCCAAGGUGAAAUCAGCCUCCCCCAGUUGGAGGCAGGGACCCUGUCCGAGGAGGAGGGUGGGGGGUCAGCUCGCCCACUGGUGCCCGUCCCUGGAGCGGGCCCGGGGUGCGGUGAGGGCGGAGGGAUUGGCCCACUGCAGACCCAGGACGGGGCUGCAGCCGGGACUGGAAAUGGGGCUGUGGCGGUGCCAGUGGUGGAGAGAGAAACUUGGACCAGACAGAUGGACUUCAUCAUGUCCUGCGUGGGUUUUGCCGUCGGCUUGGGCAACGUGUGGCGGUUCCCUUACCUCUGCUACAAGAACGGAGGAGGGGUUUUCCUGAUCCCCUACUUGCUGAUUGUCUUCAUCGGAGGCAUCCCGGUCUUCUUCCUGGAGAUUGCACUGGGACAGUUUAUGAAGCAAGGAGGGGUCUCUGCCUGGAACAUCGCACCCCUCUUCAAAGGUCUUGGCUUGGCCUCAAUGGUGAUAGUGUUCUUCUGUAACACCUACUACAUUAUGAUCCUUGUGUGGGGCCUCUACUUCCUCUUCCACUCCUUCACCAACCAGCUGCCCUGGGCCACCUGUGGACACCCCUGGAACACCCCAAACUGUACACAGGACUUCCGCCGCGCCUGUUACAACCGCAGCGCAUCCCAAUCGGCUCCAUCCCAACUCUCCGCCAACCUCCUCUCCUCCACGUCCCCGUUGAACCUGUCUUCAGCCCAGCUCUUCUUCAACGGGAGCUGCCCGGAGGCUGAGGGCAUGCGCUCCCCAGUCAUCGAGUUCUGGGAACGAAAAGUGCUCCGUCUGUCUGGUGGGCUGCACGAGCCUGGCGACAUCAGCUAUGAGAUGGUGCUGUGUCUCAUAGUCACCUGGAUCAUUGUUUACUUCUGCAUGUGGAAAGGAGUUAAAUCUACUGGCAAGGUUGUUUACUUCACAGCUCUGUUCCCCUACCUGGUUCUGGUCGUUCUUUUGGCGCAUGGAGUCACUCUACCUGGAGCUAUAGAUGGGAUUGUUUACUACCUGAAACCAAACUGGUCCAAACUUGGAGAAGCGCAGGUGUGGAUUGAUGCAGGCACUCAGAUUUUCUUCUCCUAUGCCAUCGGACUGGGCGCUCUGACUGCGCUGGGCAGCUACAACCGCUUCCAUAACAACUGUUACCAGGAUGCAUUCUUGCUGGCCAUCAUUAACAGUGGAACCAGUUUCUUUGCAGGCUUCGUAGUGUUUUCUGUGCUGGGCUUCAUGGCUGCAGAGCAAGGCGUGGACAUCAGUAAGGUAGCAGAGAGUGGUCCAGGCCUGGCCUUUAUAGCAUACCCCAAGGCUGUGACUCUGAUGCCUCUGGCGCCGCUCUGGGCUGCACUUUUCUUCUUUAUGUUGCUCAUACUGGGCCUUGACAGCCAGUUUGUAGGGGUAGAGGGUUUGAUAACGGGAAUUAUGGACAUGCUACCGCCUAAAUCUGCCCUGGGCUCCCUGCGGCGAGAGGUGGUGGCGGCCAUCUGCUGCUUCAUCUGCUUCCUGAUCGACAUGUCCAUGGUCACUGAGGGAGGGAUGUAUGUCUUCCAGCUGUUUGACUACUACUCUGCCAGUGGCAUCACUCUGCUGUGGCAGGCAUUCUGGGAGUGUGUGGUGAUUGCAUGGGUCUAUGGCGCAGACCGUUUCAUGGAUGACGUGGCUCGUAUGAUCGGCUAUCAGCCCCUACCCUACAUGAAGUGGUGCUGGUCCUACAUCACGCCUUUUGUUUGUGUGGCAGUGUUCCUGUUCCACGUGGUGAACUACAAGCCCCUGACCUACAACACAGUGUACACUUACCCCUUGUGGGGUGAAUUGCUUGGCUGGGCAUUGGCCCUGUCCUCCAUGCUCUGCAUCCCCAUCACUGUUCUCUACAAACUACUCCGCUGCAAAGGAUCUUUUCGGGAGCGAUGGCAGCACCUAACCACCCCAGUGUGGGGCCGACAUCACCUGGAGUACCUGGCCCCGGAGAGCGAGGCCAAACUGCUGCCCCCUGCAGGAACCAAGAGCACGCUUCACUUUGAAAGUGUCAUCUGAGACCCGCAGAACACAGAGCCAAGGUCGCUCGCCCCUGACAUCAGCACACACAUACACAAACACACAAAUUAAAUGCACACUACACAAGCUUGGUAAAAAAAAGCAGAUUGGUUACACACACAGCCCCGCAGUUUUAAGACAAAUGGACCAAAGAUUAGAUGGAAGAAGAACUGAAAGACGCCCAUACAGUCAUCACACGCUGACAACACCCUCCGCUCUGCUUUCUGACUCUACCUCGCUGAAUCUCCCCUCUCUCUUUCUGCUCCCCCCGCCUUUGUGCCGUCCCGUCCUGUCUCGUUCUGUGAGUGUGACGUGUCCAGUGUAGUUGCGAUAUCUUCCCCUUUCUGUGCCUGUCUGUCAGGCUUUCAGUAGCCUCAUCCGUCCCGACAUGUCAUGCCGUGCUGAGUUAGCAGAAACUUAAAAUUCUGAUGAAACUUUCUAAAUGAAAGACCUCAUAUCUGCUGCUGGAUGUGUGUGUGUGUGUGUGUGUGUGUGUAUGCGUGCGUGUGCGUGUGAAUGCACUGUGUAUGUGUUGGACCGUGACAGUGGUGUCUUCAUUUAUAUGUGACAUUGUCUUUAGCCAUUGUUUUCCGCAAUUAACUGUACAAAAACAACUUCCAUUUGUAAAAAAAAAAAGAAUUAUAAUAAUCAAAAACAGACAAAGCAUCAUCACUUCCAGCUGUGUGUUAUGAACUAACUUAAGUAUCCAGUGUAUUGUAGGGUCUGUAAAUCAGUGUUAACAAUAUUUGGAGGGGAUGAUGAUCAGUAUUUCCACCUUAAGAGAAGGAGAGGGAUUGAGUUGUGCAAAGAGCAGGAGACUGGGUUGUGGGGAGGGGAAAGAGACUUGAUGCCAUGUCAGGAAAGAAGCAAUAAAUGACCAGAUAAAGAUGGA